UGGUUUGUUGUGUCCAUUGGAUUCAGAAGGAGUCCAUGGGUUGAGCGGAGUAAUCUGUCGUCCGAUUCACUCGCCAUCACUUCUCCAGAGAUUGUCUCUCAAUUGAGUUCUCUUCAAAAACUGGUCAAUCAAUUGGGCUCUUCUGAGGACACCAUUUCAUUUCGCAACCAAUUCAUUGAAUUGAAUCGACAGAAAGAGCGCAAAAUCUUAUGCGAAAGAAUACGAAGCGAUUUCUUGGAUAUUCUCAACAAAUUUCAAGAAACUCAGAGAAUCGCCGCUCAAAGAGUCAAAGAGUUUACUGUUAAACACACCAAACAUGAGCGCAACGCUAGCAAUCCCAUUUUUGGUACCGAAGAGUUUGAUUUCGAGUCGACGACCCUUUCGUUCAAAGAGGAGACCUUCGGUCCGACACAGACACAGAUGGUUGAGAUGGAGAACGAGAGGAAUAAUUUAGAGUUGGCUCAACAACAACACGAGUCCGUCAAACGUCUCGAGUCAGACAUACAAGACGUGAAUCAAAUAUUUCAAGAGUUGGCGAAAAUGGUUUACGAACAGCAGGAAGUGGUCGAUCACAUCGAGACUAAUGUCGUGUCGGCACAGAUUCAGGUCGAGGGCGGCAAUCAACAGCUCAGAACUGCCGCUGAAUAUCAGCGAAAGGCCCGGAAGAAGAGAUUAUGGAUUAUUAUUAUAUUUGUGAUUAUUUUGGUUAUUCUCACUCUUAUUAUUUAUUUCUCAGUCAAAAAGUAAUUUUGUUAUUGUUAUUGAUCACAAUGUAUGUAAAUUAUAUACGGUA